GGCCCGAAAACAUUUUGCCCUGCUCAAUCGCUAAGCGAGCUUCUUUCUUCUUCCACCAAACAAACCCUGCUCGUUUUCAAGGUGAGAAACGAGAAAUCAUCUACUUAAAUUGGAAAAAAAAUAAGAACAGAGAAAUGGCAAGCCAAGCUGCAGCUAGCGCUUUUAAUGGAAGCAUGAAGAAAGCACAUGCUGGCCUCAAACGUAUCAAUCUGGAAGGUCUACGGUGGAGAGUAUUUGAUGCCAAAGGCCAGGUUCUUGGAAGAUUAGCAUCUCAAAUAUCAACAGUUAUUCAAGGCAAGGAUAAGCCAACUUAUGCUCCUUAUCGUGAUGAUGGUGAUAUGUGCGUUGUGCUUAAUGCAAAGGAUGUCUGUGUUACGGGUAGAAAAAUGACGGAUAAGUUUUACCGCUGGCAUACAGGGUAUAUAGGCCACCUCAAGGAAAGGAGUUUAAAAGACCAGAUGGCCAAGGACCCUACAGAAGUCAUCCGAAAAGCUGUUUUGCGUAUGCUUCCAAGAAACAAAUUGCGUGAUGAUAGAGAUAGGAAACUGAGGAUUUUUCCUGACAGUGAGCACCCCUUUGGUGAUCAGCCAGUUGAAGCAUAUGUGAUGCCUCCCAGAAAAGUGCGAGAAAUGCGACCUCGUGCUCAAAGAGCCAUGAUUCGAGCUCAGAAAAAGGCAGAGCAACUGGAACAGGCCGGUAAUGAUAAGAGAAAAGGCAAGAAGAGAGAAGUUGAAGCAGAUUUGACCGAGUGAAAAGUGGGCAGAGCUUAUUUCCAUAUCUGACAGUUAAAGCGUUCUUAUUUUGCAUGUAACAACCCUAAUGUGGUCAUGGAUCACCAGCUGCUUCCAACGGCAGCAUUUCUUGCCUGGCUCUUGUCAUUCCUUUUAGGUUUACAAACAUUGUGAACCUAUUUUAGUUUCCGCUGUCUAGAGUUUCUCAAUGGGAAAUGAAGAUGAAGCUAAGGGACCCUUUGGCCCUCAAA